AGUAUUGUAGCAAACAUUAUUUUAAGUUUACAGAAAUUGUUUUGAAAGAUUUACUGGACUUAAAAUUGUUGCUGCAAACAUUUUUCGAAGACGCUGCAGUGAUAUGAAGUUUUUAUAUUUUUUAUUUCCAGUAUCAGUCAGGAUCUUUUCGCACACCGCAAUGCUUCGUUUAAACGCCUGGGGCGUUUACUAAAUUUUGCUAAACGAUUUUAGGGGAGUUUAUUGGAUGGAGAAAUUUUAUAGAAGGUCAGAAACAAUAAGAUAUGUUGUAAUUUAAAAGGUAUAUUGUAAAGCAGGCUUGUUUGUGUAAAAAAGGUAUGCAGAAGCGUGCAUUACUCUGGUAGGUGAAAAAGCACGACCACACAAAGUAAAAUGGCUAUUGAUUUUGCAAAGUAUUUUCAACGUUGUAAUUCGAUCUUUUUUAUACUUAUUUGAUAUAAGAAACAUUUUUUGCGCUGUCUUCGAUAUCAAAUUAUCUUAUUUUUAUAUUUUAUAUAUCCGAAAUUUUUAGGAUCACAAAAUUAGGGCCAGUGCCUUUGAAUCUUGUGAUCUGAAAAAUAAUCAGUUAUUGAAUUGAUUGCUUUUAAUAACUCUUCCGAUCAAUUUUUUAGCGAAGGCUUUUUGAAUAAAUUUCAUUGAUGUUCUACCUACUAUGUCCAUUAUGCUCAACGCAAAUUAAAAUACUUGGACUAUUUUUUAUUUGCGUUGAAAGUCGACUAUGUUUUCUACUUAUUUUGUGCUGACACAGAAAACUAGAUUUGCAAACAAUAUUAACUUCAAAAAAUAUGCUCUGAACGACGCAUUUGAUCAUAGUGUUUUUGUUUUACAAUUUGUUAGCUGUGAAGAAUUGGGUACAUAGCAUUAAUUUCUUCGCGUCUAUCCUUCUAUAUGUUGAGAGAUGCUUAAGAAAGGGGCGGCUUUUUUGUUUGUUCGUCAUCUUGUAUCUUUUCUGACUGAAUAAUCCUAGAUCCGCCCCUGACAGCGAUAGUUCUUCUCGCCGUUCCGGUGAUAGAAAAGAGAAAAUAGGCAUUGGAAAUGAGGUUGGGUAAGCGUCACAGCAAUAAUUUUUAUUUGAAAGCUAAUCUGUAACAGCCAAUAGCAUUUUCCCAAUGUGAGCAAAAGACGACCAACCUCGUCUGCAGGCCAUUUUUAGGCCUAUAAGAAAAUGAUAGGACGACUUCAUCAUUGGUGUAGAAGAGUCUUAGUAACGAGAUUGAAGAUAUUUAAAUUGACGAAUGCCAGGCUAAUAUUUUAAAAGAGACUGUUAGGUAACUGUAAAAUAAAAUGCACGAACUCAUAAUUUGUUAAUUUCAAUUAUUUGCUUUUGUGACACUAGUAAAAUUAUGCACGUGAUUUCGUUAACGUAAUUUAAAAUAAUGACACAUAAACUUCCAUAACUUAAAGUUUUGCAUGAUCCUACAAUUUUUGAGAUGUAGACUAGAUAAACGCACAUUUCAACCAUCAAAUACUUAACACGUACAGUUUAAGUUUUUUUGUUAAAAAAUAAUAUCAGGAUUUUCACCAGACUAUGAUGAUGACAAAAACUACCGACGACCUUCAAAGUCUAGCAAAUGAUUCAUUAAACAAAACCCUCUUAGCAAUGUCUACUGGAUUGUCUGGAGUUGGUUGCUUGACGAUUUUGAUCACAUAUGGCUUGUACAAAGAUAUCCGUACCGCGUCUCGACAUAUCAUCAUUUGCUUGAGUAUUGCUGAUCUGGUCACAGUUCUAGCUAAUUGCUCCGGGUUGGCUAUCCCACCAUCAACAGAGAAUGAUACUUUUUGUAUUAUACAAAGCUUCCUUGGUUCGACUGCAAUUUUAUGUUCAUUUUUAUGGACCAUUAUGUUGGCUGUUUAUCUUUAUGUGACGCUAGUUUGUGAGAGUCAGCGUUUAGCGAAACGAAUGAUUUGGCCAUGGUUUCACAUACUAUGUUGGUCUGUUCCGCUGAUAAUUAACAUAGUUGCUCUGUUACAAAGGAGGUUAGGAAACAACACAGACGCAGGUACCGCUGGUUGGUGCUGGAUAAAACUCACAAGUACAAAUGAUCCUCGAUGGCAUAUGAUAGCAUGGAUGUUUAUUGAUGGAAAGGGAAUCGAACUUUUAGCUUACGUGAUAGUUUUAAUACUUUAUGUGGCAGUAAAACGUCACUUAAGGAGAAAGAGGAAUAACUCCUUACCACGUACCAAAUCCUUUAUGAGUCAACGUACAGCUGACGCAGCGAGACAUGCCGACAAAAAACUCAUCAUCAUACCUUUACUGUUUAUACUUCUGCGCAUGUGGGGAACCAUAAGAUUUUUUCUUUAUGUGGCUAGAAAGACAAAUCAUAAAAGUGCACCAGUGUGGGAAAUUGUUUUAUUGUAUUUACAUUCUGUCGGUGAUAACUUGCAAGGUGCUACAAACUGUCUUCUGUUUUGCAUUUUCACACCAAAGGUUCGAAAUCAUAUCAAAACAUCUAUCUUUGCAUGCUGUCAAACACUGAGAUGCUGUUACGUUGAGCAUGAUUUUGACGAAAGCAUGGAUGAAAGAACUUGUUUGCUGGAUUCACAACGACAAAAAUCGAAGAAGGAAAAAAUGAAUCUAAAUGUUUGAAAAGGGUUUGCACUGUCGGCCCCAGAGCUCUUUGAGAUAAAAUCGAAAGUAGCUCUAAAUCCCUGGUCACGUGAUUGGAUUCUGAUUGGUCUACUAUGAGAAUUCUAUCUUUUUCCGCGAAGGAUUGUAUUUAGCAUUUGAACAUGGCGGUGAAGACCCGAAGGAUCGAAGUAUGCUCGCGUUUAUUAUGUCGUGACUGAAUUUAAAGCUGAUAUUCGGCUUUCUCUUUUAUAAAAAUUUACUAUUAGUAUUUGACCAUUUUCUGCUUAGCUAACUAUCAUAACUCUGCCACUAGAAGUUACUGUAUGUUAUACAAACGUUUAUUCACGUAGCUAGUAGGGAAUAAGCUUUUGCAUUUUUCAG